AUGUCAUCUACGUCUAAUCCUGUCGCGGCUCAGGAGCUGAAGAGCCCAUAUGUUUCUAGCGUCGGAAGCGGCACAGUGCUUCCAAAAUUCAAGACAGAAGAAAAGUUUGAACUCUAUCAGACUCCCCAUCCUUCUUAUACGCCUCCACAGGCACAGGCCUUCCCUGGAUCGCAAGAGAAUGUGGUUUUGGAGUGUGAUAAAAUGCCUGCCGCUUCCAGAUACCCGCUCAUGAUAUCCGCUAUAGUUCCACGUCCAAUCGCUUUGGUAACGUCUCAAAGUGAAGCUGGAAUCAACAACUGUUCACCAUUCUCAUACUUUAAUGUUAUAUGCCAUGAUCCUCCUACGUUGAUCGUGUCGUGCAACUACAACCGAGAUGGAACUGCAAAGGACUCGUUACGCAAUAUUCUUACCACCAAGGAUUUUGUCGUGUCUAUAAUGUCUGAGUGGUAUAUCGAGUCUAGUAACUAUACGUGCGGGAACUUUAAAUAUGGUGAUGAUGAAAUGAAAGCUGCCGGCAUGGAAGUCCACCCCAGCAAACUCAUAAACCCACCUACACCCGCUGCAUCUGCAUUCUCCAUGGAGUGCCGUCUCGAAUCAACGUAUGACUUGAAAUCAGAAGACGGUAGUGGUCGUAUGUCUACCACUAUGGUGAUUGCACGUAUACUUGCAUUCUGUAUCAAGAAGGAUGUGCUUAAAGAGGAUGGAACGCUGGAUAUGGAAAAGUAUGCUCCUAUUGCACGGUUGGGUGGGAUUCAGUAUGGGAGGGUUACGCAGGGGUUUGAGUUGCCUAGGCCGUAUUUUAAGCACUGA